AUGGCAACACAUUUAUGUCGUGUUUUACCGGUGUGCAGUCGGACUGCACUAAAAGGACGUCUUCGAAUGUCCUUACCAAUGAUUUCAAGUCUAAAUCAACAAAUGGUCGUUAGAAUGAGUCAUCAUGAUAUUCCAGAGCCAGCUGGCGAAACACGUACAGAAUCGGAUACAUUUGGACCCAUCAAAGUUUCAGCUUCAGCUUAUUAUGGAGCACAAACAGCUCGUUCAAUGUAUCAUUUCAACAUUGGCAUCCCAACUGAUCGUAUGCCAUUACCUUUGAUUGAAGCUUUUGGUUUAUUAAAACGAGCUUGCGCGACUGUUAAUAAACAAUUCGGUCUGGAUAAGAAAGUAUCUGAUGCCAUCGCACAAGCAUGUGAUGAAGUCAUUGCUGGCAAACUAAAUGAUCAUUUCCCAUUGAGUGUUUGGCAAACGGGAUCCGGUACACAAUCGAAUAUGAAUGUCAAUGAAGUUGUUUCAAACCGUGCGAUACAAAUCCUUGGAGGUACAAUGGGAAGUAAAAAGCCGGUCCAUCCAAACGACCAUGUUAACAAGAGUCAAAGCUCGAAUGAUACAUUUCCAACAGCAAUGCAUAUUGCUGCUGCUUUGGAAUUGAAACGUCGUCUACAUCCAGCUUUGAAACAUCUCCAUGAUGCAUUAAAGAAGAAAUCAGAUGAUUUCGCAUCGAUUUAUAAAAUUGGUCGAACACAUUUACAAGAUGCUGUACCAAUGACACUUGGACAAGAAUUUUCUGGUUAUACACAUCAAGUAGCCAUGAGCAUGGAACGUUUGAAAACUUGCGAGCCACGCUUAUAUGAAUUGGCAAUCGGUGGAACAGCUGUUGGCACGGGUAUCAAUACACCAAAGGGAUUUGGUAGAUUUGUUGCUGAUGAAUUAAAAAAUCUUACAAAUUUACCAUUUAUUGAUGCACCCAACAAAUUCGAGGCAUUAGCAACACACGAUACAAUGGUUGAAUUAAGUGGUUCACUCAAUACUCUAGCGGCGAGUUUAAUGAAAAUCGCCAAUGACAUUCGUCUUUUGGGUUCGGGUCCACGAUGUGGAAUCGGUGAAUUAGUAUUACCCGAAAACGAACCAGGUAGCUCAAUCAUGCCUGGUAAAGUCAACCCAACUCAAUGCGAAGCAAUGACAAUGGUUGCUGCUCAAGUCAUGGGCAAUCACGUUGCAGUGACAGUCGGUGGUGCAAUGGGACAUUUCGAAUUGAACGUGUUCAAACCAUUGAUUAUCAAAAAUGUUCUUCAUUCGAUACGCAUUCUCUCGGAUGUUUGCCAUUCAUUUACAGACCAUUGCGUCGUCGGCAUUGAACCAAAUACACCAAUCUUGACUAAAUACAUGCGUGAAUCGCUUAUGUUAGUCACGGCACUUAAUCCGCAUAUUGGAUACGAUAAAGCAGCACAAAUUGCGAAAAAAGCACAUAAAGAUGGUACAACACUACGUGAAGCUGCUUUAGCUUUAGGACAUUUAACCGAAGAACAGUUCGAAAAAUGGGUCAAUCCAAAAGACAUGGUUUAA